AUGACUACAGAUGCAUCUGGAAAUCGGCCACUAACGGGCGGUGCGCGCAUGAGCCCUUCGGCCGCCAAGGUGCAUAGCAUUGGGAGUAUCCUAACAGUGUUGUCGUCCGUGUUUUUCGCGAUCUCUUUUCUUUGCACGCUGACUGGGGUGCCGGGUGGGAAUACGGCGUCGUUGCCAACGUACAAUAAUGCCAAGGUCAGGCUUGGAAGCUGCAAUCCAUUCCUCCAGCCAGGCUACAUCUCUCACAGUCCUUUCCCGCUGUGGAAAACGUUUGAUCCAUCGUGUCCACCAUCGACGGUGCUACCUGACAUGCUUGCAACCUUGCCUAAAGCUAAGCAAGAUGCAGCUACGCCUCUUCGCUCAUUGAGUGUGUCGAGUCAGAGACAGGUUCAGCUCAUGCAAGGUUUGAGGAACAAGACCGUGGUUCUGGUGGGCGACGCCGUGGACCGGACAAUGAUCAUGGAUCUUUGUGAGAUGGUCGGAGAACAACCAGUUGCGGUUGAUUCUUCGCAUCCGUGGGGUGCCGCCCUGAAGCAACUGACCUUCCCUGGAAAGAACAUGGCAGACGCGCUUCUUGCAGAUUACUGCUAUGUUCCUCAAUAUUCAACCAUUUUCACAUCCUUUUACCACUAUGGUGCCGACACGAACGAACUGUGGCGAUAUCAGCAAGGGUACUAUCCACCCGGAAACUUUGAGAAGCGUGUAUCUGACCUGCUAAAGCCGUACCUGGAAUCAAUGGCAUCGCGCAGUGCGUCGACUAACUUUCCUAAUCUUCCACGCGCCCUAUCAAGCCGCCCUGAUCUCGUGGUGUUUUCAUCGAGUUUGUGGGACUUGGCUGCGUGGGCAUUGCAGGACAAGAGAGAUUUGCGUACGAACGCCAAUGACGACCUUUCUGACAAGCGGAUCAACUGGUGGCGCACGCGCAUGGUCGACAUGAUCGAGGAGCUUCGCAAGCAGCUGGGUCCGUCUACCCCUAUCGCGUGGCGCAGCACACAUGUACCGAUGACCAAAGUCAAUGACACGGUCGAAUGGUUCUUUACUAGUAUGCAUGCUCGCUCGACGCCUGCACCUAUUGAAAAUGGCCAGCAGUUUGCUUACCCGAACCGCAUUGCACAAUUGAACAACGCUCGCAACGACAUGCUUCAGCUCUCGAGCGCAACGAAUGUGCGUGGUCAGACAAGUAAGAUUGUGUGUUCGAUGAACCACCAGCCUGCACUGCGGAAUAUUCCCUUCGGCGAGCUGACGCUGGGUCAAUCAAUGAAUCAGGACACGCUUGUGAAUCCUGGCUUCGAAACAUAUGCGUACAUGUUCUGGAGCAUGGUACUCCAUGAACUAUUUUCCAUCAAUACAUAA